CGGGAAAGUUUGGAAAAAUCGUUAUCAAAUACAGCGAAACUGUGGAAUGUCCGAUGAAAUUAUCGACCGAGAUCCAUUCCUAAGCAAAGAAGCUUGCGACUCCGCGAAGACGCGAACGAUGGGAGGAUCCGAAUGAAUUAUUUACAGCGAAAGGAAAAAAUACAAACGAACGGGUAAAAGAAGAUGGCGGACCAAUUAAGAGCACCGCGCUGAUACAUUUUAUUCUUUAUUUCCAGCGAUGGUUAAUAUUUUAUAAGUAGCGAAUUCACGAGGCCCGUGCGAAAUUUAUAAUUCUCGCGUAAACGACGAAACGGAUGACAAAGCCGGCUCGCCGUGAUCCGUUGACGGUAAUAGCAUUUAAUAGGGCCGGAAUCCAUAAAUAAAACAAUUGGUUAUAUACAUAUGUUUUUCAAAUCGACGAAUGCUAUUAUAUAUUUUGUAUUGAGCACUCGUUUCGGGAGAGAGACGCCGACGCCCGGCGCCGACGUCGUUUUUAAAGCGUCAACGUGUGCCGGAGAGUAAUCUCACCCAAUCCGGGAGACUCAUCAUAAGUAAAAAAAAAAAUCGUUAGAAUAAUCAACCCUCUCAGACACGCUGGCACAUCGUAAAGAUGCAUCGCUGAAAGUUUUAUAUCGGUCGUUUCCGACGUUUUUUCGUCAAGGUGCCAAAACGACAGCCGGGAGGGAAAAUUAACAACAAGCGAUGAAUUUAAUAUUGUGAAACAGGGGGGGGGUCGCGAGAAAACUCACGUUUAAUCAUUUUACAAACGAGAGAAACCGAAAAAAAUAUAGAAGUACGUAAAAAUAGUGGGGAGAAAAACGUUUCCUUAGCGUGGUGAUACCCUGCACGGUCGUUUAGUUUUUUUCUAUCGUUUUUUUGAAAUGGGUACAGCGGGUCGUGAUUUCGAGCACGACCGGGAGGACGAGCCCUACUGCCGAAUUUGUGCGAGCGACAUACCAAGGAACAACGGGGUCCAUAUUUUCGCCGAGGAUGGUAGACGGCACUACCUGCAAACCAAAAUACGGAAAUAUCUGUACAUCUUGGUGUCCUCCGAAGACAAAUUGUCAAAGAUGGUUUGCGUUACGUGCAUCAAAAGACUUGAAGGCAUCCAUCGGUUUGCCAUGAUGGCAUACAGGACACAGGAGAAGCUGAAGUCACAGUUUUACAGUAACAACGUGAAUACAGACUCGCAAGAUGCAGAGACGGAGGAUGUGAAAACUGUGCAAGAGGCAACAAAGAGAAUAGAGGAUCGAGGACUGCUACACACAAUAUUAACAAAAGGUGCAAUAGAAAUUUUGGCUGAAGGCGAACCACUGGGACCAUCGGAAUUCAUAUCGCAGAAGGACAAGUGUCAUACCCCAAAUACGGAAGAGAUGGAGGUCAAGGUAGAUCCAAUGUUAUUUUUACAAUAUGGCAUGGAACAUUCAACGUCAGAAACGUCGGAUGCGUCUGAUACGGAGGAGAAAAUAUCAAGAAUAGAUUCUCUAGAACCAUUGCCAUUAACGAACAAAACCGAUGGAAUAAAGAGGGAAAAGAAAGAGGAAAUGGACGACGAUACGCAGGAAGAUGCACAGGAAGUUGUUUCUAACGUAUCUUCGAAACCUCAUGAGUGUACGAUUUGUACUCGGUCGUUCGUAUCACAGAUCGCUCUGCAAAAUCAUUUGUGGUCUCAUUUGCCUAAAGACAAACAAACCGACGGAAAGCCUAUCUUGAGAUCUCAACAAGUUUAUUCUACCAAUGGUGCGCUUCACGUGAACGCCGAUAGUAACUCAUCCGGGAAUUUCGUCUGUCCAAUUUGUAGUAAAAAAAUUUCUACCAAGGGUAAUCUAAAGGUACAUUUGGAAACUCAUCGGCCUAAAGGAAAAUAUGGUUGUGACAUAUGUGGUAGAAUCUUUAAGACGCAGUCAAAUUUAUUUCGUCACAAGGAAUACCAUGGCGGUAUUCAGUUCCCGUGCAAUGUCUGCGGAAGAGUUUACCCGACAAAUUCUACGUUAAGAGCUCACAGUAUAACGCACUCGGAUCUGAGGCCGCACGCGUGCCCGCUUUGUGAUAAGACUUUCAAGAGGAAUCAGGAUCUGAAGUUUCACAUAAAUCAGCACACUGGUGCAAGGCCUUACCAAUGUCCGUAUUGUCCGAAAGCGUUCGCGAGUUCUGGGAAUUGCUUCUCACAUCGCAAGAGGAUGCAUCCCCGAGAAGUGUACCGGGACCGGCAAAGAGCCGCGGAUUUAAUGAGAUGAACCAUGGGCAACCAGUACGAAGAAUGGUUUUAAAACGAAAAAAGUACGUAACGAUUUACAAGAAUGGUCGUUUAGAUGUGCAUUAGAAAAACGAAAUGAGUAAACAAAAAACAGAAAACGAUGAGCUUUAAUUUCGAACAGUAAUGGUGCUAACGUAACAACCAGUUUUGUACGUUUUCAAUUGUUUCAAAUUUAGCGUUAGCCAUCGUUAUCGACAAACAUUUAAUUGUUUGUUCUUAUAUGGCAUAACUAGGUUUCCUUUACAUAACAUAGAUCCAAACAAAUAUAUAUUAUAUAUACACAUAUUUUUUUUAAGUUUUUAUCUUACGGACGUUGCUGAACUUGAUAUACUUCCAACCGUUGUUGAUAAAUUUAGUAGUUAUAUUAAUUAUUGACUCGUAUAUAGUACAAGUGAUAAUAACGAUAGUUUUUAAACAGUAUAGUCGAAAUAAAAAUUUGUAUUUUUUACUCGUUUAUCUAUAUUCGACUUCGACUUGUUUAAGGGUAGAAGGUUUCAUAUAUGUAUAUCUAGACCGCCGUCGAUACCAUUUAUUGAGAAGCAAACCACAAUCCAAAAUCUUUCUGUGCAAUGACAGUGUUUAAGAAGGGUGUAACGUUAGUCGUUCGAGACGCAGUAUUAUUCGAUUAAUAUUAAACCGGAAAUGAACCCGUCGAUGAUAAUUACAAUAAAGUAUGAAGCUUUAAAAUUAGAGUUAAAUUAGAUUUCUCACGUUUUACAAAAGAACAAAUUCAGCAUUAGAUAACUGUGAUUUUUUUAGAAUCAACAAUGCGAUUAGGAAAAAUUGUAAUACGUGGGUUCAUACGCUGAAUGUUGUAAGCACAAAACACGGUAGUUAACAUUUAUUUCCGUACGCUCAGAAUCUGAUCUCUCGUAGUUCCCUAAUGACUAAAUAACGAAUAAGGAAUUUCUAAUAUUUUUCGAAACCUCAGGCGAGUACAAUAUUUUUAAGUAACGCAUAUACACGCUUAUGUUGGUACAACACGUUCAAAUGAUUGAAUUUAUUUGCCGUUCGUUUUAUGGCCGUUACGUGCCAUAACGUCAUUUUUAUCGUCACGAUAAACGUGAAACGGAUUUGAAUAAACAAUGCAAAGUUCUAAAGGCAGCGCGUUUUGUCCAUAUGUAAAAAGCAGCUGUGCAACAGCGAACGUUUGAUAAAAUACGUAUAUUUACGAGAAAAUGAUUAAAAAAAAAUGACCAAAGAAAGGUGAAAAGAAGAGAAGAGAAGAACAUGAUGAAAUGCAUUUUUUCGAGUAACGGGGAAGAGUUGUAGCUCGAGGAAUAUUUUUAGCACAAUACAUCUACAAACAUCAUCAUAAGUAACGUUAAGACUGUAUACGAAAUUCGGUGUCAAAUUAGAGUAAACGACGUAAGCGUAAGGGAUUAGUAUACGAUAUCAAUGGCUGUAUGUCGGAGAAGAUAAGUAUAGUCUAUGAAACGUAGAGGCUGUAGUUGACGUUAAAAAACGAUCACGAUGUUAUUCUUUUAACCAGGAUGUACGAAUUAAAGAAAAAUAAAUGUUGAUUAAAGUCUGAGUAGCUGUUAGGAAAGUUUAGAUAAGGAUUUUUAGACAAGGAGCCACGUAACCAUAGAGGAUCAUAGUCUGUGCUUCCGUAUCUAUCGUAUAAAUUCGCACAUACCCCGGGAAAGGAAUGAUAAAUUAACCAGUAGUAUAUGUUACAUUAAUUUUAAACAGAAGAGAACCGUGUGUAAUCGCGCUGCUGCAUUAGCAUAGUAGAGGGCUGGCCGAACUUUCUGUUCAAUUAAUGAAAACAAAAUUAACCGUCGACGUUCAGUUAAAUAGUUGAUUUUCAUUUGGAAGACGUUUUUAUAAAUGUUUUAAAAGCCUCGAUGUGCGCGGCCGCCCUAGCUUAUUUAAAGAUACAGUUGUAAAUUGCAUACUUUGCAAUUACGCUUGCCAAUCACGUGUAGUGUAAGUAGAUAAAAAUUAAUGGAUAUAGCUACAUAUCCAGAAAAGUAAUCAAUUUUUGAUAGAAGAAAAAUGUACGGCUCACGGCUCAAUUUUUACACCUGACUCACCCUUAAUAGGGCCCGAAUCGUCAACACAGGUUUUCGUGCGACUGUUCUCGAUGAUCUUAAUAGGACGACUCUUAAAGCAGGGAUGAACAAAUUUCUCAAUCUGUUUUCGUUCGAGUUCUUCCUAUAAUUCUUCGACUGCCAAAUUUUAUCAUUUACAAAUACGCGUCGACUCUACGGUCGUAAUAACAACACAAAACACGAUUCAGGUGGUUUGAAUGAUUUCUAUAGAGUUUUGCUCAUCCCUCGCUGCGGGGGUGAAAAAUUGAGUAUUUUUCUAAAGUCCACGUGUAACGCAAAAGCGAUUAGUAUCUAAAUUAGCGACUAAAGGAAAGUGCCAGUAACACAAUGAACUAGUCUCCGGCUGAUAAACACUGAAUUAAUUCCAUAGAUAGAAUCCAGAUCGGAAUUAUCGAUAAUAUCAAUUGUGACACGUAAUAAAACGAUUAUAUACAACGUCAA